GGAAUGCAAUCAUCAGAACGCUUAUGAUUACACUCGUGCUUCGUGUCGAUCAGACUCGAACUGCCGCUCACCAAUCCAAAGAAUAUCCAAAGAAUCCAAAGAAUGUGACCCCAGCAGAUGUCAGCUGACUUUCUGCGUUGUGAUGGAUCAACACCCUCGAUCUACUCUUCCCUCGUUAUCCAGGAACCGAGCUUGGGCCUUCCCAGCCCUCUUGGGAAAAUCGCUUCUAUCUUGACAACGUCAGAAUUCCUCCAUGAAACUUGUCGCAAACCUGGGGAGAAAAAUUUAAAUGAGGUCGACGAGUUGUUCAAACUGGAUAGCCCAUACUGGCGCAUACAUAUAUCUCGAGGACUGUUGCGGGCGUCCAAAAGAUCCUUGGUCUCGCGUAUCAUGACGACCCUAGAUGGGACCGCCCUCGUAGACGCGGCGACUAGCUACCAGACGUUUAACUAUGUCUACGUUUCUGUAGCAGCACUUUGGGUGUACGAUUACGUAGUCACCCUUGACGUAGAGAUCUCUUUCCUCCGAUAUUCAUAUGUACGACGGAUCAAGGCCCUCUACCUGGCAACAAGAUUUCUGCCGUUUGCAAUGUUGGGCAUUCACCUAUUCCGUGUGUUGCCAGUAUGUAGCGCUGCGCAUAGGUUAUUCACGGCUCGCACAGUCAACCUUGACCCGGGGGAGUCGGAAGCGAUGUGCAACCUAUACGACGAUGUGUCUUCGGGCUUGAGCUUGUUAAUCGUCCUGUGUUCCGAAUCCCUCUUUAUCCUCCGAACUUAUGCGGUGUGGAAAUGUGACAAGCGGAUCCUAGCUCUUAUUUUGGCGAGUUUUAUUAUUGCCAUAGUCUUGACCGUUGUGGUCUCGUUCUUGCCUUCUGUACCAGGAUCUAGUUACAUUAUUCUUCCUGGUGCACAGGUCACAGGGUGCUUCCUGUUGUAUCCGGCCGUCUUCACUUCGAUUCCGUAUAUACUCCUCAUUGCUUUCGAGAUAGAGCUCAUUAUCCUCAAUAUUGUUCAAGGAUACCGGGUUAGACGAGAGACCAAGGGGCGACUUUUUGGCAUUCUGCUUCAACACAACCUUUUCUACUUCACAUGUGGCCUAUUAUUUUCUAUCCUGAACGUGGCAAUCGCUUUGACAACCCAGUAUGGCUAUAGUACAAUGUUUGAAAACCUGCAGGUAAUCAUCCACGCCAUCCUGGCCACGCGGAUGCACCGUAUGUUGUGGAUCAGGAACGAGAACCGCUCCAGUCAUUCGCGGUGGCAAGAUUCAACAACAGUAGUCAACAUUGAGAUGCUCCCUAUGACAUCCGCAUGACCUUUCUUUCUAAAUAAACUACAGUCACGUUAUCGUAUCAGCACGCCAUUUUUGUGGGGGCGGGCGCCCGCUCCCAGAGCGUACGGCUCGCUUAGUCUCAAGUUGCCUUAUCGGGCGUAUAGGAACCAUCCCGAGUGACACAGUCAAACGCGGUCCAAAGAAAUCAUAACUCCUCCUGCACAACAUACGCUAUAAUGUUCUAGAGACACUUAAUGCAUAGCUAUGAUGCAUGUGUACAGUUCUCAGAGAUUAUAUUCUCAGAAAAAGACAUAGUAGACUUUAUAUUGCCUUCGAAUGGCAAAUCUUCC